CUUCCUGACAUCUGAUCUAAUUAUCCUCUCUUUUAGUUUAAAGCUAUUCGCCCUUGUCCUGACCCUUCUGUCCACCAGAAAUUGAGACACAUGAACAGGGGAACUCAAAUCCAGGCAAAAUUUCCCAUAUGCAAGGACAGACUCCUCUUUUUUAAGUCCUACAUUGGCUCCUAAAGGAUCAAAGACUGUCUGGCAUCUUUUCCGCCAGAGGUACUAGCCUUUUGGAAAACAGUAGAACUAUGUAUUAUUUUUUGCAAUAUCUUGACAGAUUAAAUUUUCUUUGGCUGUUGAUAAUUCCUUCCACAUGAAUACUUCAUUUAUGAAAACGUCCAAAUCCAAAACACAUGGACAAAUGGAAGCUGAUAGGAUCUCCAGGAUGGUCAGCAGGUACAAUGUGUCAGUCACCAUUUGCCCUUGCUCUGUUGUGCGUGCCUUGCCAGUCGUAGCAUUUACAUCCACAUUCUUGAUCGUAACCAGCAAUCUCCUUCGUCAUCACUGGUGUUAGCAUAUGGAAAAGGUGGCAUGCAGCAAUCCGUCUUACAAAGUGCUUUAUAUGUCAGCGUUAACACAUCCAGCACAGCAGCACGUGCAGUAUCCCUCUCGUCAGUCCCAUUCCCUCACUCCCUCCUGAGUGCAGGCAGUUAAUUAAUCAGUCACUUGGGAGGUUGUAGCAUUUUCCCAGCAACAAGCUACAAAGAUGCUAAGUUUGCUGAUCUUCCCAAGUUUAACCCCUUGUUUUAUUCCCUCAGUAUCUCUGAUCUCUCCUUUUGUUCAUGGACUGGUUUUCCCUGAGGGUAGUCUGACCUUUACUUUUCUUUCCCCCCCCUAAAUACUAAUGCAAGAGAGCAGAUUAUACACAAGUCCCAUUCUCUGGUGGUUUUGGUUUUUUGAUACUCUUUGGCAUAAUAAGGUAUCUGGAAUCAAGGACAUCCACUUUGCCCCAGGAUUGAGGGAGAUGCCUGGGGAACUACACCAGAACCACAGACCAAAUCAGCACAACUUUGCUUCAGUGCAAGGAAGAUUUUCAUCACUAUCCUGCCCAAAUACAAAGAAAGGCAUUUAGCAUUGCUUAGUGCAAAUAUUUAUGCACACAGAGGGACACAAAGACUGCCCAUGUCGGCUCGAUUAGCAUGCUGACUGUGCCUGCUUAAUCUUUGCUCUUUCACAGCAACAAGGGACGUGCGCUGCACUGCUUCUGGCAUCCAGGGCAUACUGAACUGCAGCCAGAGAGGCAACAAGCAGUAUUCUGCUGUGCUGCCUCCCUGUGGGGUAAUAAUAGUUUAUCCCUGGGUUUUGUCCGCUCAGACUCCUAAAAUAGACGAUGGUGUGUGACUGUGAACUUUCAUCAAUUACUAUUACACCUAAUAGUAAUCCCUGACAAUGUGAUUCAAGUGACAAUUCCCUGUGACUCCAACCUUCGACUGGGUUUCAUCUUAUGGAAAACAGGUGGAAAGCUCUUUCCUACCGUGCUACUUGUUGGCUCUUUCUUGGUUCAUUCACCAACAUAGGUAACUCCUUCUCCAUGCAUGGAAAAUGUACCCUGACCCAAAACAAGGGUGUAUCAAUGAGCAAAUAAUUCCCCAGGUACAGCACCUUCAGCAAGUAUUUCACCAAGCUUUGCUUCAAUAAUGAGGCCAUGACAAGAUACUGCUGUGACAAGAGACCUCCUCCAAGCAUUUACUAGGAGGUCUGCUUUAUGAUUUCUACAUGCAGUUCUGGAGAAGUAAACUCAGUAAGUGGUGAUCUGUUAAUCAUUCUGUAGACGGGAGAAUGGAAAACACUGCUUAUGCUGCUCAGGAUAUUUGCUCAGGGAAGAUGUAGUCAUGACCUCACUGAAUAGUGAUUUUUCACAUGUUCCAAAGUAACACAGCCUUCCCCUAAAAAGUCACCCACCAUUUGAAAUCCAACCAAUGCAGUACUCUGAAAAGCUCUCCAUAUGCAAGGGCUUCUCAGGUGGUAUUAGUCAAAUUGAGUACUUAAAGAAAUAUUCUCCAAGAAACAUAAAAAAUGCAUGGUAGCACAGCAUGAGGUUGAUCCAGGUUCAGAGAGCAGUAUGGAGACAGGGAUGCUAUAGAUCACAGUGACAGCAGCGGUGCAGCACUGGGAGAUGCCCUGGGGCUAAACUGGUUGUUGAGGCUACAAAAGAAAUUUACUUCCUGCUUGGAUCCCCAUUGGCUAGGGAUGAUAUUUUGAGCCCUGUAAGGGCAGGCUCUGCUGGUAUAUCUAGCAGCAGCACUCCUGAACUGAUUGUGAUUAGGGCAAGCACUGAAGGUCUGUCAGGGCUGGAGAAUGGAUCUGAAAAUGCUCCUAAUCUUCACUGCAUUUCUGCUUCCUGCUGUACUGGGCUUCCCCAUUCAGGACAACUAUGAAAACAGCACAGCAACAACAGAAUCUACUCAGGUUACUACAGAAGAGAAUGUAUACGACUCUCCAUCGCCAACAGAGACAGACUCUGAAGAUGACGUUAUUUUUAACAGAAUUUUGGAAGUUAACAAAGACAGCUCUCGGUACUUGCAAGAAGGUGACAUAGUUCCUCGAAGGAGCCGCAGUGCCUUCAACUGUCGCAAUUGCUAUUGGCCUCAGUCCAUGGAUGGGAUUGUUCGUAUUCCCUAUGUCUUGGAUCCUACUUAUGAGGAGAACCACGUAAGAGGGAUUCUUGAAGCCAUGGCAGAAUUUGAAACGUUGACUUGUAUUAAUUUUGUGAAGCGCAAGACAGAACGUGACUACCUCAUCAUUAGAUCAGCUGAUGGAUGCUGGUCCAACUAUGGAAAAGUAGGAGGUGGACAGACGGUAUCUGUGAUGAAAGGAGGCUGCAUGUGGAAGGGAAUUAUUCAGCAUGAACUGGACCACGCUCUGGGGUUUUUGCAUGAACAUUCUCGAAGUGACAGGGACAAAUAUGUAAAGAUCAUGUGGGAGUACAUCAGCCCAGCUGACAGACCAGACUUCAGGAAAUUUGAGAACUCCAACAAUCUAGGUCUUCCCUAUGACUAUUCUUCAGUAAUGCACUAUGGCCCGCACACAUUCACUAAUACCACUGGAAAAGCAACAAUUGUACCGGUUCCUGAUGGAUCAGUACAUAUUGGACAGAGACUGGGGCUGAGCAACUUGGAUGUGGCCAAAAUCAACAAGCUUUACAAUUGCAGUCGUUGCAGCACUAUUAUUGAUGCAGCGUUUGGCUCACUGAAAUCUGCCAACUACCCUAGAAACUAUUCAGAUAACACCAACUGUGUCUGGCUUAUCCGAACGCGAUCCAGAAAGAUUUCCCUGCACUUUCGUGACUUUGACCUGAGGAGAACCAGAGGCUGCCAGGGUGAUUAUGUUAAAGUUUAUGAUGGAUCCAGCAAGUAUUCUCCAGUUUUAAUGAACAAAACCUGUGGAUCGCAGAUACCCACUGAUGUAGUUUCUUCUAGCAGUCUUAUGCUCAUAGAGUUUGUCACAGAUGGUGCUGAUACAGCUUCUGGUUUCCAAGCCACCUUUACUUCUGCAAGGAUGCAAAGAAGAUUUAACACCCGCAACUGAUGUAAUGGAGAAGAAUCUAUUCUGUGAAUAUUGAAAUUAUGGAUUUCCAACUCUGCUCCUAUCUUGGCUUGGAUCAGUAUGCAAUUUAAUUCUAUUAAGAAUCAAAUUCUUCAUCUUCUUGGGAAAGUUUUUUCCCCAAGCCAUAUAAAUGUAUGAAUUCUGUAUAUCCCAGUAUAUUACCCCUUUUGUCUGCACAAUUAAUUUAUUACCUCUUUCUAUUUAACAAUUUAAUUAAAAGCUUCAUAG